ACAAACAAAAGGUAUUGAUAAACGUCAGCUGUGUCAGAGAAAACUUGAUAUCUUUUAAUCUCCUUAUUCGCUUUUAGCCACAUUUUAAAAAGUAAAUAAAAGCAAAUAUAUUUUAUUCCUUUUUGUGCCAAAAAUAUAUUGUUUUGUGAUACAUAAAAUGUAAAUAAAUUCGAGCCGCGUAACUGUUCAACUUUAAAAAAUAACAAAAACAAGAAAUCUAAGUGAGAAAUGAUGUCGGAGAAGGUCUCUGAAGAUAUUGGUAAUUGCGUACGUCAAAACAUUCCAUGGGCAGCCGUGCCGAUACAUUUGAAGCAAGUGCUCCAUAACAAUCAACUCGACUAUGAAAAGUAUGUUUUCAAUUAUAGUCUAAAGAAUCAGUUACGUUUUCGUGGUAAUCUCGUAUCGAAGGUUUUUCGUCAUGAGCAACGUUACUACGAAUUGCUGGUGCAGAAGAGCAUCAAUGGCCUAUUACUAUUUCCAUAUCAUUUGGCUGACAUUAUAACGAAAGGACUGCGCGUUACGCCAUUUAACUAUUAUCUUGAUCUAGUGAGUCAGUUGCUACGCAAUGAUAAGUCAUACGAUACGCUACCAAAUUUCACCGCUGCAGAUUGCCUGCGUAUUUUGGGCAUUGGACGCAAUGAGUAUUUAUCGCUGAUAAGCGAUUUAAAAACACAUACAACACGUGCACUACUUUUUAGCGCCAAGCCGAAUCCAUUGGAUUUCUUACCUCGAUUCCCGGUGCGUGUAUGUAUUGAACCAUGGUGGCGCAUCGAGGUAGGUUAUGUCUUGGAAGCGGAUAUAAGAUUUGUAACUACGGCCGAACGUAGUCUUAUUGAUGAUCUUAUCGAUUUUGGCUCACAAACCGCAGGCAAAUGCGAUUACAUUGUUGUGCAUAGUUUAUAUCGAAAGGGACUCAUCUAUUUAGACAUACCCAUAUCAGGUGAAGAUUGCAUUAGCAUACCACCACUACGUAAUUUCGUAAUGAAUCGUACUAGUGGCGACCACUUUGAGAAUUUACUCUAUAAAAUUUUCGUUAGCGCUGAUGAACAUAUGACAAUUUCGGAAUUGGCGCAAAUGUUGCAAGUUGAUUUGGACUCAGUCAAGCAAGCCGUGUCACUGCUCUGUCGUUUGGGUUUCUCACGUCGCAAAAGUCCAGUCGGUGACAGUCCCAGUAUUGAUAUCAAAUAUCAUGCCAGUUGGGCACAAUACCAAUUGGAAGAAUCUACAUCACGUGAACCACCACAAAUAACACCGCUCAAUUAUAACAACUUCAUUACAUCCGAGUCCACAGCAGAACGCGCUGAAGCGGCAGAAUAUAGUCCAGUUUUAAUAAAGCCGCAGGAUAGGGACAACAGCUCCAUUGGUUAUCUUUCAUCCGAUGGCAAUACGAGUGACUUCAGUUUUGCUAAUAUGCCUUCGCCGUCUCCACAAGCAAUGCAAACUGGUGGCGGUGACAUGCAUAGCCACUCAGAGGAGCAUGAACUCAGCUCUGAAUUGGAUGAUUUAAGUGAGAGUACCACAAAAUUAAGUAUCAAAGAAUUGCCAACCACACCCAAAGGUGAAGGCAAACUACCCAGUGUAUCAGAGAAGACAGGCAAACGUGUUGGAUUUCUCUUUGAUUCCACCUUAACGGCAUUUUUAAUGAUGGGCAAUCUAUCGCCGGGUUUAAAAAAUCACGCUGUCACUAUGUUUGAGGUGGGAAAACUAUCGGAGGAAAGUAUGGACUCAUUUUUAGCAGAGCUAGAAAAAGUUUCGCUCUUAGAUGCCGAGGGUGAAGGCGAUGUUUCGCGGUAUUUUGCGCAUGCAGUAAUUUUGCGAUCGACCAUUUGUUCGUUGCGACAUCUGCUGCCAGGUGGUUUGGAUUUAUUGCGGCUGGAAUGUUUGGAGUGCUUGGAUCAGAAAACACGCGAUCGUGUGCUCGAAAAGAAAUAUAAAUUCAUUAUAUCUGCCACACCGUUAACUGCUACACUCUCACAUAUCUUCAGCAUUCCAUUUUUUGGGCAGUACUACCGCAGCUCAGAUAGCUCGCAUAUGUGGACGAAGCUGUUCUAUAAUCAUAUAACAGGCUAUGGACCACCAAGUCUGUUCCUGUGUAGAGGCACUGUACUUAAAACACUACCACGCAUAUUUCUUGGUUACGGCAAGCUGCUUGUAAAUAUACUACAUUCCGAUUCGUAUAUCUUGAACUCUGAAAAUUUCCGCAAUCUAAAUGAUCAGUUGAAAAAUGGUUGCAUUCUGGUGCAGGGUUAUGGCAUACGACAACCUGGUGAAUUGCGUUACGAAGCAUUCCCAUUCAAUCGCGAUGAUCCACGCCAAUUGGAAUGGAUCAAUCACAAAGCCGUACAACAGCUAAUGAAAUAUUUAGAUCUGGAACACAAUUGCGGUUUUAUAACAUUCCUUAAUACGGGCGUGCCAGAUAUUGGUUGCGAGUCAUUUGAUGUGCAAGUACACCUAAGACAUCCCAAAAAUAAAAUUAAGACAGUGAAUGCGCCAAAGAGUGUUGCAACAACAGCACCGUCGGUGUCAAAUGUCAUUGCCAAUACAACAGCACCAAUAACAGUGACACAACCACAAGAUCUCUUAUCGCCAGCAGAUGGCUCCGAAGUGACUAGUUUUGCGCGUUUGAGUGCCUCACCCAUCCGCGGUAGUCAACUCAAGAGUCCAGAUGAGAAUUACUUUGCGGUUAGUCCGCAAAAUGGUUCGCCAUCAAAUGUCUACACAUCAGUCGACUGCAACGAAUUAUUGGCAUCAGAAUUAGCGAAAUGUGAUGCUGAUUCGGCGGCAAAACAUAACAAAAACGAAUUAGUGUCACAAAGUUCGGUGGAAAUACCGAUCAGCAAUACAAGUGCAAUAUUGGAAACUGAUGCUGCAAACGAGGAUACCACAUCAGAGGAUUGGACCAUAUUGGAUGUGAAUUUCGGUGUGCCACUCUUCGAUGUCGAUUGCAAUACACGUAUUUGUGAGCAAAUUGUACGCAAACUGCAUCAAGAUGAGAAUCUGCAGGCUCUGCCGGAUAGAGCGGAGCAGAUGAAUGCGACCUUCUUGAAGUUCGUCAAGCAAUGCAUGUACUUUGAAGAGGAGCCAAACAUCGAGCAAUUGAAGAUUGGAAAAAUCUUGCCAUAUCCACGCAUAAAUUUGGCGUUCGAAAAUGGACGCGUUUGCUAUUGGAGUGGCAGAUAAGCGUUUGCAACUACGUCACAUAUGUAGCAUAUAGGCUGGGUUAUGCAAAUAGUAAAUCUAAAAAAAACAUUAUAAUGAAAAUCUUAAACGCAUGCUUACAAUAAGUCAAAUAUAUUUACAUUUUGUAAUGGCAUGCGUAAGGCAAUAUCCAAUUAAUUUGCUGUACAAUAUUUAUUGCCAAAUAGCUGCAAACCAUUCCGUUUUUUUUAUUAAUUUAUAAUAUAUGUACGUAUGUAUGUGUUCUUUUCCUUAUCUUAUCUGCUGCUUUGACAGAUUUCUACUUUUAAUAUGUUGCAUACAUAUGCACAUUCAUAUUUUGUUUUUGUUUAUUAUAUAUUAUUACAUAACUAGAGUUUUUAGCAGCACUUGUAACGAAAAUAUGUGAAAUAGUAAAAUGGAGAAAAAAUUUUACAGUACCUUUGUGCUUCUACUUACAAUGCAAAAAUAUAAAAAGUAUAAUUAUUUAAAUUUUAUCAUACAAUGUAUUGCUUAUUUAUAAAUACUUAGCAACACUUAUGAAUACCAAUAAAAAAAGUAUUUAUCAUUUUACAAAUACAA